AUGUGUCCUCUCUACAUCCCAGAGAAUGAUUUUGGAGUAGGAGCCCAAAAAUUAAAGUUCCCUACGUCGGUCAAAUUCAAGAUGGCGUCCAAGAUGGCCGCCCAGACCACCUUCGCCCACGCGCUCCGCAUCAAAUCACUUUCUUCAACAGUGUCGAUAUCAGAUAGCAUCGAUGUGUCAUUGACGACCCGGGAGGCCGUUGGGGAGAGUUGGGCUCCGAGCCAAGAGGACGCCUUCCUCCACGGCCCCUCGGAACGGCCACUUCGUCCUGGAUCCAAUUUUGACGAAUAUGAAAAUACGACAGGCGAUGGGAUAAGAUCUACGUUGAAGACGCGCGUUCCUUCAUCGGCACAAUAUGGGAGAGAGACAGAUACCCAUAGGAACGGAAGUCGACCUUCUGGAGAGAAAAGAACCAGACAGGAGGGGCAGGUCAUCGACAUUGCUGUCACUUCCAGCAAGGAACAGGUGCUGGUGACGGUGGGCAGCGCGGUGGUUCUCAACGUCACGUCCUUCGGUCAGAACGCUACGGAGGAAAUGAAAUCAGCAGGGCUCUACUUCGUUGUCCUCAGCCAAUACGACGGACGGGUUCUGAUCAAGAGACGAUUUGACCUUUAUCAAUACGCGACAGGCUUAAGCUUCCCGCCCCUAGUGACCUCCAUAGCCAAAGGAAGGAUAAUGGUAUUUGCCGUAAAGACAGAAGCGUCCUUAAAUAUGCCGAAGGUGAUAAGGAAUAUCCUGGAAGACUUAGGAGCUACUUUCGGCCAGCAUCUCUCCUUCAGAAGAUACUGGGCGUGGGUGGUCAUGGCUGGGGGAGGGCAGACACUGGGCGAGAUAACUACUGACGAAGUUGGCAUCGCGAAUUUGUUCAGUUCGCCCAUCAGCCUUUUCGUCGAAUUCAGCUUGGAAAGAGUUCACUGUUACGAUACAUCUGACCCAAGAGAGAAGCUUAGAUCUCGCUUCUGUCGCCUCUACGGUGGUUAUGGGAGUCUCUGUGAUUGUGAGGACCCUGCUCCCCUCGUCUACGAAGCGCAAGAGCUGGAGAACAGUGCUAUUACCGAAAUUCCUUUGGGAAUUGUUGCCAGCAAACGACCUCAGGCACUUUACAGGUGUCUGGUGACGAUCCUAAGUCAGAGGGGAGGUUCAGUCGAGCGCACCAUUGUCUUGAUAGACGGCCACAACCAAGAAAUCAUGGAUCUCUUGGAUUUAUUGGGUAUUCAGUAUCGCAUCAAUGAUAUGGAAGGGACUGUAUUUCCGGGACUAGGAGCCAGAAUAUCUGAGCAUUAUAAGUUUUCCCUCAACGCCAUCUUCAGUACCUUCCAGAGAGCACAAAAGGCCAUAGUUCUUGAGGAAGACGUCUUGGCUGCUCCGGACUUCUUUAGCUAUUUCAAUCAGACCGCCUGGCUGCUCGACGUAGACGCCAGUAUUUAUUGCAUAAGUGCCUGGAAUGACCUGGGAGCCCUUCACAUAGCUAACCAUCCAAGCAAGCUUUACAGGGUCGAAACUCACGCUGGUUACGGCUGGAUGCUAACGCGCCAGUUUUUCCAGGAAGUCUACCCAAUCUGGAAAUCCACGAAAGAAGAGCACGACUGGGACAUGUGGUUCAGGAGUACGGAAAUUCGAGCGGGGAGAGAAUGCGUUGUCCCCGAUGUGUCUAGAACGUUCCACUAUAGCUCCUCUGGAGCUCACAUUCAGAACAUUCUGACGCAGGCGCACUUUGCGGGUCACGCCGUCACGUCCAGUCCAGACAUUCGACUUCAUAACGUUGACAGAAUGACACAAGAGAAGUACGAGGAGGAUAUCUACGCUGUGCUGGAGGGCGAAGACGUCUACUACUUGAACACAACGCUUCAUCCUUGCAUGCAGGCGUUCAUGCCCAAAAACUUCACGCUGGGACCUGUGGUCAUUUUCAUGAUGAUGGACAACAUUGGAACCUUUGAAGGAUGGAAGAAGUUAGGAAGCUGCCUUGGGGCGUGGCAACUGGAUGUCAGGGCCCACCACCGAGGGCUUGUCCGGAUGAAUUUCUACAACACGCAGUUACUCAUCAUUGGUUACCCAUUCAGCGAUUACAGUUACCUGAAGCCUUCCUGGGUUGGUGUGAGCUCUGAAAUUGGCAACCAAGAGUCUCUCUUGGGACGAAGAACACUCUUAAACAGGAUUCGAUUCCCACGACCAGAGCUAGAAGAGUUCUCGCCCUUCCUACUAAAGCAGCUGCCUACGGCCGCUCCUGCCUUCGCUGACUUCUUCAUCCCUUACCUAGAACCAUCGGAAGAAAAGGGAAAAGGAUGACCCGUUGGCUCCAAAUUCGCAUUCACAUAUCAGUACGCUAGUGAAAACACGCGAGCAUUCUUUGAUGUGAAAUCUCUCACCCAACAGCAUAUGGAAACCUUUUGUAGAAACAUUUAAGCAUACUAUAUAUACGAAUUCUCCAGUACAAAGGCGCAUAUACGAGCAUACAAAACAUGAGAAUACUUAGUGCAAGAAUAUGGAGAAUAUCAUUUAAAAUCUUUCCAUUCAUAAAUACGUAUGAAUACUAUAUUUUUUAAGACAAUUAUGCUGUUAUACCCAACUUCCUGAUUGUGAUUACAUUAGUAUAAAGAGUCAGAUAUUAGAAUUCUUUUGUAUACAUAAAUAUUACUCUACAGCAUAGACGAAUACUUAAUAGUUCGCCGAUCCAUAUAAAUAAAUCCGUGUAAAGACUUAUUGAAGAGUAUCAGCAUAUGCACACAUUUUUUAUUACCAAACGUAAACACGUUAGAAUACGUUAAAGAAAAAACGCCGGCAAACGCAAAUACUUAAUAAUACUUAGGAAUAAAUUGCGCUAUGAUGAAUAAACAGCCACAUUUAAAUUAGCUUAGGCUGUAGAAGAUUUUGUUGCUGAAAUGACCACAUAUGCGGACCACAUAUGCGAACAAAUAUAAUCAUAAAUGACUUUCUAGUUAACUAUGUUGUUUAGAAACUCUAAUUGGCAGUAAAGUAUGUCAUGUUGUUACCUACUGUAAUGCAUUCCUUUCUCAUUUUUUUACAUUUUUUCGUCGUCAUUAAUAAUCGAAUAUAGGUUUCCGGUCAUUUGUCCCUUAAUUUAGUUUCAUAGAACUUGAGAUGACAUGGAAGUUUUUUUCUCAGUAUAAUGCCUUA